AUGCCAGUGGCUGGCGAGUAUAUUGAUGGUCAUGGAGGUGGCAACUUUUGUGAUGGACAUGCCUGUGGCGAGUAUAGGGAUGGUCAUGCAAGUGGCGACUUUUGUGAUAGACAUGCCAGUGGCGAGUAUGUGGAUGGUCAUGCAAGUGGCAACUAUUGUUAUGGAUAUGUCAGUGGCGAAUAUAGGGCUGGUCAUGCAAGUAGCGACUUUUGUGAUGGACAUGCCAGUGACGAGUAUAUGGAUGGCCAUGCAAGUGGCAACUAUUGUGAUGGACAUGCCAGUGGCGAGUAUAGGGAUGGUCAUGCAAGUGGUGACUUUUGUGAUGGACAUGCCAGUGGCGAAUAUGUGGAUGUUCAUGCAAAUGGCAACUAUUGUGAUGGACAUACCAGUGGCGGGUAUAGUGCUGGUCAUGCAAGUUGCGACUUUUGUGAUGGACAUGCCAGUGGCGAGUAUAGGGCAGGUCAUGCAAGUGGCGACUUUUGUGAUGGACAUGCCAGUGGCGUGUAUGUGGAUGGUCAUGCAAGUGGCAACUAUUGUGAUGGACAUGCCAGUGGCGAGUAUUGGCUAGUCAUGCAAGUAGCGACUUUUGUGAUGGACAUACGAGUGGUGAGUGUAUCGAUGGUCAUGCAAGUAGCGACUUUUGUGAUGGACAUGCCAGUGACGAGUAUAUGA